GUACAUUUUGAAGAAAAUCAAUUUGAAUGCUCUAGGCAAGAUGGGCGUAAAAACUCAAGCCCAAUGCUGUGCCAACUCUUUUCAAUGUGCCUAAUCCCCCCCCCACAACUGUUGACCCCACAGCGUCUAAAAGGCAUUGGUUUACCAAAGCACCGUUCAGUUACAUCCAAUUUUUGUAAUGGUGGCUUGCUGCACAGUUUACCUUUAUCAACUGAAGCGAUUUCUGUUGCUGAACCAUCUGUUGUUUGUUUGCAAGAACAAGCUUCAACUUCAUCUUGUGAUAAAAUGCCAUCUACUUGUGAAGGAUCUCAUGUUUGUUUGCAAGAACAGCCUUUAGCCUCAUUUUGCAAUGAAAUACCAUCUAUUUGUGAAGGCUCUGAUGAUGUUCUUUUAAGGAAUUUUAUAAAACAGCAGACUGAAUUGAUCUCGCUUCUGCAAUGCCAGAACAAAAUAUUACUGAAAGAACUUACAGCAACCAAAAAAAAUGAAAUUAAUGUUUUAAAAAAAUGGCAUAGCACUGAAAUUCAACUUCAUGACCUUCAAGUACAGCAUGAGGAAUUGCUGAAAGGAGUGAAAACAUUUCUUUCAGAUGAACAAAUAGCAAUGUUGAAAAUUCCUCGUAGAGCAUUGCAAAAUGGUCUAACGAGGGAAUAA